GGCUCGAAGAGAACUGCCUCGAGGCUUCCAUCCUCAGCAGCUGAUGUGCUACAUCGGACACAAAUACGACAUGCCGAGUGUAUUCUAUCUUGAUCUCUGGCCCAUCAGCACUCCUUUCAUGAUGGUCCAUGAUCCGGGCGUAGCACACCAGAUGACCCAAGCAAAAGUCUUACCUAAACACCCUAUCAACGGCAGAGUACUAGGACCACUCACAGGACCUCGCUCAAUCAUAACAGCAGAAGGAGGAGAGUGGAAAUUCAUACGGACAAUCAUCAACCCUGCCUUUUCCACUCAAUAUCUGUAUACCAUUCCUUCCUGUUGUACUCAAACAUGUCGGUGUCUUCAAGGACCGCAUCUGUCACUACGCCUCCACUGGGCGAAGUCUUUCCCAUUCAAGAGACUGCAACUGGCUUGACAAUCGAUAUCAUCGGCGAAGUCGUGAUGGGCAUCAACUUCGACUCCCAGCACAAGCCAACAGAACUGACAACGCGAUUUCAGAAGACAGUCCUUGGCACUGCUUCCAGCAUGGAUGGUAUUACCUUGCACCUCAACCGCAUCACCAGAUGGUGGCAUUGCAGACAGCAAGACCGCGUAAUCGAGAAAAUGGUUCGUGAAAGGUAUGCUGAAACGAGGUCCACAAAACCACCCUGUCAAAGCAGCGAUCGACUUGUUCUUGCAAGCAUACCUCGAUGAAAAAUUCGGCGCCACAAACACCGCCUCAUCAGAGCUCGUCCCUGAUUUCAUGUCGUUAGCAGUCGACAACGUCAAGUCGCUCCUUCUAGGUGGUCAUGACACGACGGCCAGCGCGAUAGCGUAUAUAAUUGCCUUGCUCAGCGAGCCAGAAAACAAAGACGCAUUCGAACGUGUUCGAAUGAAACAUGACAGCGUCUUUGGCCCCAAUCCACAAGAGGCGGCGGAGAAGCUCAUGACCGAUCAUCCCAAACUCCGCAACACCCUCCCCCUGACAACUGCCGCGAUCAAAGAAGCAAUGCGCUUGUUCCCACCGGCAUUGUCAAGUCGGACGACCACGCCCGGCCAUCCUCUUCGGUUUGUGACUUUCAACGGCCGGACCCUCCCAAUCGCCGGUCAGCAGAUCUUAAUCUCGCACUACGAUAUGGGACAGCGAGAAGAUCUGUGGCCGGAGCCUCCGAAGUUCAAUCUCGAUCGAUACUCGCCUGGCGUUCCACAGGUUAAGCAUGCGUGGCGGUCAUUUGAGAAAGGGCCGAGAGGAUGUGCCGGGUUGGAAUUGGCCAAGAUGGAGAUGAGGAUCGUGCAUGUCCUGCUGGCCAGGGAGCUUGACGUCGAACUUGCCUUCCCGGAUGACGCCCCGAGGGCACCGUCUGGGCAUGGUGUCGCCGGAGGGAGGGGUUAUCAGAUCAUUGAGUUUGCGGCGAAGCCGGUUGGACAUAUGCCUAUGCCGGUGAGGCGGAGGGAGAAGGCGAACAUAUAAUUCUGGAGAUUUCAGGAAAAGGUCUCAAUCCUUUGCAUUAGGGAGGUAUCUUGUCGUAGCGUUUCCGCGUAUGCGGCGUGCCCCGAUUGAUUUAAUAUCAUUUCCUAUGGUCGUUGCAAUCUAUGCUACGACAUUCUCGUG